AUGGCGAUGGACUACGCGUCCACGUCCACAGCUGGGCUUUCCUACCAAAAUGUUGGGGAUUACUACCCCAGAAAACUCGGCCCCAAGCCCGAUGUUGUUCCGUGUGGAGUGACCGAGAGGAAAGUGAGUCCACUGGACAAACCUGACAUGGUGGCGGUGGAUGUUAUCAGCAUCAAUGAACCAGAUAUUCCAGUUCACCGGAAAAAGCAGGAAACGGAUACGUACGUUUUGACUUCCUUUCAGCCGUUCCGUCGGACGCACCGGUCUUUCCUGGGGAAGUUUAAAGCAGAACUGCGGCUGGUCACUGGAGACAGACGGUCCUGGAGGAUCCUGCUGUUUGGCUUCCUGAACGUGAUCUGCACCGGCUGCCUGCUCAUGUGGUGCAGCUCCACCAACAGCAUGGCCUUAACUGCCUACAGCUACCUCACCAUCUUUGACUUCUUCAAUUUGAUUACCUGCCUGGUCAGCUUCUGGGUGACCAUGAAGAAAGCCAGUCCUGCAUAUUCCUUUGGGUACGAGAGGUUUGAGGUUCUGGCAGUCUUCGCCUCCACUGUAUUGGCUCAGCUCGGAGCUCUUUUCAUCCUCAAAGAGAGUGUGGAGCGCUUCAUGGAGCAGCCAGAGAUUCACACGGGUCGCCUCCUGGUUGGUACUUUCGUGGCUCUUUUCUUCAACCUGCUCACCAUGCUGUCCGUCAAGAACAAGCCCUUCUUGUACGUCUCUGAAGCCGCCAGCAGCAGUUGGCUCCAGGAGCACGUAGCAGACCUGAGCCGCAGUCUGUGUGGGAUCGUCCCGGGCCUCAGCAGUGUCCUCCUGCCACGCAUGAACCCCUUCGUCCUGAUCGACCUGGCCGGGGCCCUGGCUCUCUGCAUCACCUACGCGCUCAUCGAGAUCAAUGACUACAGUGCAGUGGACACGGCGUCUGCAUUCGCCAUCGCUCUGAUGACAUUCAGCACCAUGUAUCCCAUGAGCGUCUACAGCGGGAAAGUUCUGCUCCAGACCACACCCUCGCAUGUGAUUGGUCAGCUAGAUAAACUGCUUCGGGAGGUGUCCACACUGGACGGGGUGCUGGAGGUGAGGAAUGAGCACUUCUGGACCAUUGGAUUCGGCUCACUGGCGGGCUCUGUACAUGUCCGUAUUCGGCGGGACGCCAGCGAGCAGAUGGUUUUGGCGCACGUGACGAGCCGCCUCUCAGCACUGGUCACCGCGCUGACCGUCCAGAUAUUCAAAGACGACUGGACGCGGCCGUCCUUAGCGACCGGCGUGCUUCCGGCGGGGGCCAUGACCCCCGUGGAAUACGGGGUCCCGCCCGGACCCCCCAAACACGCCGAGGAGGCCGACCCGCUCACCUCCACCCCGUCGAAACUCAGCAGCCCGCCACCCGAGUUCUCCUUCCACACGCCCGGCCGACACGCGCACCCCCUCAUCCUCCCCAGCGCCCAGCAGCAGCACAGGCCCCACAGCCUGGGGCUCGCCUACGGAGCCGGCCCCUACGGGAGCAUGCUCGGGCUGGGCAUGGCCAGGCCAGGCGGGGCGCCCGGCGUCCCCCCGGCACAGGGCUUCAGAACUGCUUUGGGCUCAGUCCCGCACAGAUACGGAGCCCAGCCUGGCUCCACACAGUUUGGGCUGUACCGGCCCUGAUCCCGGCCCUGAUUCUGGCCCUGAUUCUGGCCCAGCCCACUCAGUGACCAGAGGGACAGAGCAAGCGGAGCACAUAGUAUUUAUUUCCAUGUGGUUCAGACUUCCAGAUUCUUUUUUUUUUGUUGCCGUUGCCUCCUUGACCGUUGUUUUUUAUAUGCCAUUAUUAUUCCUGAAAACUGAAAAUGUUUCUGAGAGCACAAAUGACCGAACAUGUAAGAAAAGUACCCUUCAGGCCAUUCCACUAAAGAUGACUGGUGUCUUUCUGUACUUAACUUUGUAUUAUCAGGUAAAACUGACUAUUAUAAUUAAAAGGUUAUGGACAUUACAGCUUUAUUUUGGUGUGAGGUGGGACCAGCAAUGGGAGUGGUUUCUUUUUGUAUCAUGUGUCCUUAAAACAGAAGCUCUCUCUCUCCCCUGCCCUCCCUCUUUCUCUCUCUCUUCCUCCCUCCCUCCCUUCCUCUCUCUGUGGGGUGAAAUGCAGGAUUUGGGGGUCCCGCUGCAUCACAGCCCCAUAAUCCCCCUGAGAGUUGUCUGAGCUAAUGAAGCCCUGAUGGUUUGGCAUUGACCCUGGCAACCUGAUGGGUUCCAAACACAAGACACGGGUUCUGCUUUAAAAAAAUAAAAAUGUAAAUAAAGGCAUACUAUUAAGGAUUUUUACCUUGGAAAAUAUUAUAAAAUAACCAUGUUCAGUCAUGUCUGUGAUGCACUGACAGUCCAGGCUCUGUGUGUUUGAUGUAGAGAGGCUGUGUGAGUCCGACAGGUGAGCCAAUGAAAAAUACGUAGAAGAUUAUUCAGAUUAUGGGUGUUUGUUUGUUUUUUUGUUUGUUUGUUUUUCUCUCUCUAGAGGACUGUCCCCUCAGCUCCACCCUCACCCUCCUCUGUGGCUGGGAUUAUUUGGGAAUAACACUAAGUCCUGUUUUCAUCAGUCUUUGCCAGCGUGUGCCAACAGGAUUGGCCUGGAUUGCAGACCGUGUACCUCACUAAAACUUUAAACUGCUCUUUGCUCCUCUGACCUUGCUACUGGUAUAAAAUAUAACAAUUGGUU